ACCAGGGUUUUGUUGGUGAAUAACGAUGAAAUUGAUCCGCUUAUUCAUUAUAUAAGUACUUUUAAUUACAGGAUUACGUAACGCAAAGAGAGGAGAGACUUGUGCGGUAAAGUGUAGACAUUAUAGUUUUAUUCUGCAAUAGAAUCUUGGAUCGAGGAAAAAGGAAGCAGUUGCCAGUUGAAAUCUUACAAAUGUUGUGAGUACUCAAACAGCAAGGUGAAUCAAGAUUUCGUGUGCAAGCAGAGAUUCGUGUGUACAAAGUGUAAUAAAUUUAUAUGUUACAAGAAUGGAUUUUAUUUUUUUAAUACUAUGUACUCUGGGCGUUGUUGGAAUAUCCGCGAUUAUAUCAAUAGUAUAUCGUUACUAUGUUAUUCGACGAAAACUUAGAAACAUUCCUGCAGUGGACUCACUUCCUUUCGUUGGAGAGUCGCUUGUAUUAAUGAGACUGACGGAAUAUGAACGCACAAAGUGGUUUUGCUCAUUCUUAGAUAAGUUUAAAGAUGGGAUAUUUAUAAAUUGGAUUGGAACUCAGCCGUUUAUCAAUGUGUAUAAGCCCGAAUAUUUAGAGAUUAUUUUCCCCAGUACUACAAAUAUCACUAAAGGAACAACAUAUGAUUUGCUGAGACCUUGGUUGGGCAACGGACUUCUCACCUCUACAGGAACACAAUGGUUCCACGAUAGAAAACUAAUUGGGCCAACAUUCCACUUUAGCAUAUUGGACCAAUUUGCCGUGAUCCUAUCCGAAAAAGCAGAGAUCAUGACAAAGUGCCUCGAGAAAGAAAUGGAAAAAAAUCCAGGGAAAGCUAUUAAUAUAUUUCCCUUUGCUAUCAAUGUUGCUCUCGAUGUUAUUUGCGAAACAGCAAUGGGCGUGAAUAUACAUGCUCAAGAAGUUGUGACUCCAUAUACUUCAAUAGUACAUAGGACCUCUAUACUAACACUCGACCGUCUAUUUCGACCAUGGUAUUGGAUAGAUUGGUUCUUUCAUUCAAUGCCUGCAGGAAAAGAAUAUAAAUCAGUACUUAACAUAUUGCAUGGUUUUACGAAAGAGGUGAUAAAAAAAAAGAAAAUUACACGUCAAUCGCAAAAGGAGUAUGCAAAACCAGAAACCGAAGACAAUGAGUUUGACAUAGGUAAACGUAAGAGAAAAGCCUUUCUAGAUCUAUUAUUAGAUCAAAACGAAAAAGAUGAUUUCCCGUUAACCGAUGACGAAUUAAGGGCACAGGUCGACACAUUCAUGUUCGAGGGUCACGACACAACUGCGGUUGCGAUAACCUGGGUGCUCUUUUGUUUGGGUAAUAAUCUCGAGCAUCAAGAAAAAGUUCACGAAGAACUCGAUGAAGUUUUUAAAGAUUCAGAGAUACCAGCCACAGUGAAAGAGCUGUCACAAUUAAAAUAUCUCGAUAGAGUUAUAAAGGAAACACUCAGAAUUUUUCCAAGUGUACCCGUUAUUACAAGAAAAUUAGCAGAAGAUGUAAAAAUAGGUGAUCAUACACUUCCAAAAGAUAUUGAUGUCACCUUGGCAAUUAUAUUAGCGCACCGGAAUCCGGAAGUUUGGCCAGACCCAUUAAAGUUUGAUCCGAAUCGAUUCCUUCCAGAAAAUUCAAAAAAUAGGAAUCCAUAUGCUUAUGUACCGUUUAGCGCUGGCCCGAGAAACUGUAUCGGUCAGAGAUUUGCUCUACUAGAAGAGAAAACUGUGUUAACAGCUAUUCUUAGAAAAUGGAGAGUCAAAAGUGUAAAAACGUUUGAGACAAUUCACUAUGGCGGCUCACUUAUUUUACGACCGAUCGAAGAAGUACUUAUACAUUUUACAUCAAAGACAUAAUUAAUUCAUUAGCAUAUUUUUUUAUAAUAGUCUUUAUAACUUCUCUCAGACAGCACAGCAUGUCCAGAGGAUAUCCUGAAGACAGUUUUGGGACAACGUCCUCUGGAUGUAUCUCCUUUGGAUGUAUUUUGGACAUGUGUGCUGUUACUUACAAAAUUUGUAUGUUGUUUCCUGUAGUUAUAUAUAUCUAAAAUAUCUAAAAUUGAUCAAUCAAUAUAUGAUCAAUUAGCAUAUAUGUUUAGAUUUUUAUUAUUAUAAUCUGAAAUUACAUUAUUUAAUAUUAAGACCUUA